UGCAAGCUAUGACGCGUUGUUAAAUGACAGGCGGUACAGUGCGUCUAUAUCUGCGCUAAUACUAUUAAUUAUGCCUCCGAAAGACCCGCUGCUCGGGACCCUCAAAGUAUGCAUCCUGAACCUGCAGACAGAAGAGGGGACAGUGACAGAUGUCAACCCUCACCUCUCCUCCUGCUGUGAACUACUGGAGCUCACCCUCAGGAAGGGCCUUCAACAGCCAGUCCUUGGUCUAGUACACAGGGACUACUGGCAAUGUUUCGAGCAACUCCUCCAACACGACAACUGCGGCAGACUGAGUGCUGUGUCACUUGCGGUUGAACAGACCUUAGCCUGCAGGAAGCUGUUGUCAGCUCAGGGACGAGGACGCUACCUCCUUAGGCUAGCCCUCAGACGGAGGGUUCUAGAAGGAGUCAUCAAACACCUGUUACACACACCCAAAGUACUAGAGUGGUACAACCCAGCUAUUUCACUUCUUAGGAAUGAGGAAUUUGUGGAGCCUUUCAUGUCCCUGCUCAUGGUCCUCUCAGAAAUGGAAUUCAAACUGGACAUGGAGAACUGCAGUUUUCUGGAUGAGAGCUGGCUUCUACCGGUGUGUGAUAUGUAUGAGGCAGUACCCUGUCGUGAGCUAGGGAUGGUGCUCAGGUAUCUCAGUGGCCGUGUCUUUGUCCUGAAACUGUUGCCAGGUAGCCAGGCUCAGGUGGACCAGUGUGUACAUCCAGGUGACAUCAUUGAUGAGAUCAACGGAGUCUCCUUACGGAAUGCCUGCAAUGGACAGGCAGGUGUGGUCCUCUCCGGGCUUAAGGGGCGUCCCCUGUCCCUGCGUGUGUUACGGUGGUGUGUGCAGGACGGGGGUGUAUAUCGCCCCAUCAUCAAACUCCUAAGAGCUCUCAGAGAAGAGAACCCCGCCCUGCAGCUAGGCUCCUCACCUUCCUCCCAAGAACCCACCAAUCAGGGCCAGAGGCCCAAUCCCUCUCAGUGCCUCAAAGAGGGAAGAAUUGUGUACAUUGUGCAGUUCUUGGGAAAGACAAACAUUGGAAUGUAUGGAGGCAAGGAGGUGCUUCAAAAUGGAAUCCCCCUGGUCAUACAGCAAAACCAGCCCAGCAUGGAAGUACUUUUAGACCUUAAGGAAACCCACUUGAUCUGCACUGAGAAAUCCAAUAUGACAGAGUUGUUCCAGCAUCAUUAUCCAGAGAUCUCAUGUGUAGGGCGGUUUGGCCAGCCAGACUAUACCAUCUUUGCCUUCUGCGUAGUAGAAUCCCUAGAAACUCCUCAGUCAACAGGAUUCUGCUGUGUGGUGCUUAGAGCCAGUGCGGUCAAAGAAUGUGAGGAGAUCGUCAACCGAAUCGCUAUUGGUUUCAAGCACACGGAGUGGUUCGUAUGAAAAGAAAUCCCUUGACAACUGGAUAUGUGCCAAACAUCAAAAUGUUGUGGUAAUUGAAUAAACACGUGCUUUGAAAAACUCAAGUGUGAACACCAAAUGUAAAAGCCCCUAGUGGCUAGAGACAUUAUCCUCAGAACAAGAACCAAACACAUGAGCAUUUAUUCAUAAAGACAUUUAAUAGAAAGACUACAAUGCGACAACGCUUCCAUAAAUAGUAUUAAAUGUAGCUGCCAAGGUGUUGAAUGUUGGGAAAAUAACAUGUAAAAAGCAGUUGAGAAUAUACAGGGGGGCUUUGUCGCACUCCUGGCCUCCCCAGACAGUGUCAAGAGGUAAAUCCCGACGCCACUGUGUAGUAGUGAGGUGUUGUGCAAGACAUGCUGACAGACAAAGGGUGGAAAUUGAUGAAGGACCCAGACCAUUCCUUCCCCUGGCAGCUGAGAAGAAUUCAGACAUCUUGAACCCCCCCCCCCCCCCCGAACCACAAGCAAGAGCUCCAACCUCAUCUGGAGCCUAUACUAUCCACCAGGAUCCAAAAUGAGACAGUUAACAUUUGACUGAACAGUCAUGUAAUACACUAUCCUCUACUCAAUGUAAAAACAAGCCUCAUUUGCAAUUGAAGCAGAUAUUCCUACAUUCCGCUGUCCUCACAUUGGCCAGAUCUGAAUUGAGGUUUGUGGAAUGACUGAUCUCUUAUCAUUCUAAAAUACAUGACAAAACAGGAAAUAAAAAUAAAACAUAUGAAAUUGUUAAGAUAAAUAGGAUUAUGUCUGGAGCAGGCAGUUGAAUGCCAUUUAAGCCCGCUCUCCCCUUAUCCUCCGGGCCAGCUGGAUGUCUUUGGGCAUGAUGGUGACACGCUUCGCGUGGAUGGCACACAGGUUGGUGUCCUCGAACAGACCCACCAGGUAUGCUUCGCUAGCCUCCUGUUGUUGAGAAGAAAAGUUGGAAAUCACAAAAUAUUGGAAUAAUAAAAAUUGUUAUUGUUCCAGUGUGCCCUGUCCAAUAGCCCUCAUACUAUUAGUGUGAUAGCAGCAGUCCACAUGCAUCUUACCUGAAGAGCUCCAAUGGCAGCACUCUGGAAACGCAGGUCAGUCUUGAAGUCCUGGGCGAUUUCUCUCACCAGGCGCUGGAAGGGCAGCUUGCGGAUCAGCAGCUCAGUUGACUUCUGGUAACGACGGAUCUCACGCAGAGCCACGGUUCCUGGCCUGGGAAAUAAAAACAGUUGUGUUAGAUUGGAUAUUAAUCCUAAAAUGUGUGAAACUAGAACUGUUACUGACACAUCUGCAGGUUAAAUCUAGACAAAGAAAACAAAAUGUUGGAAAACCGGUUGAACUGCUCCCAGUACCUGUAACGAUGGGGUUUCUUUACUCCUCCGGUGGAUGGCGCGCUUUUCCUGGCUGCCUUUGUAGCGAGCUGCUUCCUUGGCGCCUUUCCCCCGGUGGAUUUGCGGGCGGUCUGCUUGGUACGAGCCAUUUUACUAGAAAAUUUAAAUAAAGGCGAUUACGGUCCGUCUGGGAUUUGAAGAGGGCAAUACGGAUUUGAAAUAGCUUUUCAAAACGAGGCACAACGUCUAAGACCUUGGGCUAUAUGCUGCAAGUUCAGUUGCCUCAAACAAACAGCUCAAAUGUUGCAGCCGAAAUCGCUUAAAAUUGUUCGUAGGUAGUGACGAUUGUUGCUAAACUUGCGACAAUUGAGCAACAUUGUAACAAUCGUUUGAGUUCUCCCCCGCCCCUUGGUACCGCUCGGAGAAGAGUCUUGGUCCCAGCAGCGCGCUUGAUUAUGAACAAACCUCCCCGCCUUAACUUGCCUCCAACAUUUCGUAUUUUUGCAUUGCAUACGUUUGAGCGGGCAAACGCUAUAGCUAGGUGUAAAACAAGAACGUUUUGCUAUCAAUUUAACGAGGAAUUGUGGGUAUGACGCCAGCAAAAUUGACACUUAGUGUAGAAAAGAGAAGGUUAAAAACGUAAAGCUAUAAACACUGAUCGACCAUUAACCAACCAAGCGCAUUAGCACCAUGGCUAACGUUAACGUUGCUAUAUGGCAUGUUGUUAGCUAACGUUCAUUAAAACUCACGCGCCUGCUUGAAUCGAAAAUCACAUUCGAGAAAAUGCAAUAAACCAAUUAAUUAAACGUAAUUUACCUACAGUACAGUAGCCAACCAAGUAUGCUUAGCCUCCAGCCAUCUCAGAUUCUAUUGUGCCAUAUUGAAGACAGUCAACCGACAACUUCAAAUAUGUGUGAUUGGUAGAACGAAAACUACCCAAAUCGCAAAAGUUACUUACCGAUUGGUAACUGCUGUAUUAUUCCAAAACUGAACGUAAUUAAAGUGACUCCGUUUCUUCCAGACACACACCACGAAUAACGAUAACUGGGGAAGUGAGUCAAACGUUAUAUUUCCCCAUGACGUCAACUAACCAUUUAUAAAUCCGGUUGGUUGAGAACUAGAAACUCGUGAGACCAUUGGUUUAAACUCCAUCAAAACGUCUCUCUCAUUGGUUAACAAAGUCACCCUCCCAUUGGUUGUUGUCUAUCCUCUGUAGCCAAUCAGCAGCCGGGACAUUAUAGGAAACUACUUUGGUUGAAAAUAUUGCCAUUUCAAUUUUCUUUUUUUUAACAAAAUGGGAUUCAUAACAUGUCUCCAAAUGUUCUAACAAUGCUGUGCAAUUUGAAGGACAUCACUAUAGCUCCUGAUCAUGUCUCUCAGUUCCAUUAAAUGACACAUAAGAGUCAUUAAACAAAGACUUUAGUCGGGAGUUUUGUUAAGAUCCCAAUGGAAAAAUGUGUAGAAUUGCAGGAACCAAAUCUUGCUUAAGCCCCCCAAAAGGCUGGAGCCGGCCCUGUAAUAAGGGCCAUACGUUUCAAAGGCCGUAUCACAAGCAAUGAUUAUUGACGUUUCCAGACGCUAAAACACAGCGUCGGGACUGUAGUUCACAUGAGGCAGUCCUGUGCGGAAGCUAAUGACUGAGAACGCCAGGGAGAAGGCAGAAUGCCCCCUAGAGUUAUCGUGAGAUAGCUAUAACUCUUAUCACCAUAUUGCUCGUGAAUGACCAGGAAAAUAUUAAAUAUCACAUAAUUGUACAUAGUUCCAUUGUAAAAAAAUAUUAGUUUUGAAACUGCAGGAAAAGUGUAGUAACUGCAGUCGACUGUGGUAUCUUGGAAGUGGUAAUAGCAACAUUCUGUUUUGAAAGUUAAAUAAAAGUUGAGCAUGUUUUGUAACUAAUAGUCAAUGAAUGACCACACACGUGGGAAACCGUGUAAUAUUGUUAUUUAUUAUUUGCACAGGGUUUGAAGGAAGUGCUUUGGUUUGCACAUAACACAUUUCAUAUGUGUGACUCAAACGUCAAGUACAACUUUAUGUAUGCUCCAUCUAAUAAAGAUAAUUGUUUUAUGUUAAAAUUA